AUGGACGGCCACAAAGUAGACUCUCACAACCCGCCCGAAACAGUUCAUUUGAUCGUCCAAGCUGGCGUCGCCAAAGCAAAAUUACCAUGGCUCGACCUCACAGUUAAAUCCUUCUUCGGCGGCUUCUUCAUCGCCCUAGGCGGUCUGAUAGACCUCGUCGUCGCCGGCGGCUCCCCCAGUCUCCGCGCCUCAAACCCAGCUCUCGCAACCGUGAUCGCGGGAUUCUUCUUCCCAACCGGCUUCGUCCUGAUUCUCUUAACCAACAUGGAACUCGCAACAUCCAAUUUCUUUACCAUGACGGCAUCGACGCUGGCGCGAAAGACUACGCUGUACGAUUUGGCGAAGAACUGGAUCGUUAGUUAUAUCUUCAAUGUUGCUGGCGCGCUGUUCUUCGCGGGCAUUCUGGCUUGGUGGUCGGAUGCUCUCAAUACGGAUGCUCAGACUGCGUGGGCGGUUUCGCAGGCGGAGCCGAGGGUUAAUGUGACUUGGGGAUAUAACUUCACACGCGGUAUCGGUUGCAAUCUUCUCGUCGCGCUGGCAAUGUACCUAGCAACCUCGGGCCGUGACAAUACAUCGAAGAUAUACGGGAUAUACAUUCCGAUCUGGGCGUUUGUGAUUCUCGGAUACCAGCACAGUAUUGCGAACUACAUGAAUGUGCCGCUGGGGAUGUUCUAUGGGACAAAUUUCGGCGUGGGGAAGUUCAUCUGGGCGAGUUGUAUUCCGGUGACGUUGGGGAAUAUUGUUGGAGGUGCUGUGCUGGUUGGUCUGCCGUUGUGGAUUUUGUAUGGAAGAGGGCCUGAGAUUGUGAAUGAAGCUGGAAUGAGCGGGACGAAGCCUGGUGAGGAUAAGGAGGAGAUGGGUAGAAACGCGGGCGCCAAUGGUCAUAUAUCAGGUGGUAGACAUCGUGGAGCGGAUGCAGUUUGA